UAUUUAAAAAAGAAGAAGGAAUUUUGUAAUCGGAAAUGCUCAGAAUGAUUCUAAUCUCUCUUGUCUCUCCAUGCGGCCCCUCUCUCUCACUCUGCAUUCAAAUUGAAAUCUUCACUCACUGCCUCCAAUCCAAAUUCUUCAUUUGCCCAACAGAGUUUUAAACCCUAAUCCUCUCCAAUCCCGCCCAAUUUUGGCCCCUAUCUUCUUCCUUUCAGUUCUUCACUUACUGAUCAUUCUUCUUGCACAUACCCUUGAUUGAUUUUCGCCCUUACAGAUUGUCAGUUGUAGAAAAAUUGGAUUUUGAUUUGGGUUUGUUAGAAAAUGAGAGAUCCGUCUGAUUCAGGGAACCCAAAGCAGUUAAAGCGUGAUAGACGGAAUUGCUCGGAAACGUCAGAGGGUGCCGAACGAAAAGCCCAAGUCAAAAUGCGAGAGCUUAAAUAUCUGAUGGGUCUUGAAGCCAAAACUUCAGAAUUGUUAGAUGACAAGGGACCUCCAUGUCGCGACCAAGACAUGUCUGAGGUAACUGACGAGCCCGUGGCCAUUUCUACCAAUGGAUCCCUCCCUACGGAGCCCGAAGCAAUCCCUGCACAACUUGAUCUCAACGCAGAGCCCUGCACCGCUACCAAUCCUGAUGGUGAUUCUAAUCAUCGUGAAGCAUGCUCCCUGAGAAAGCAUAAGAAGCCGUGUGAGGACGAUAACUCUGCAAGCUCAAGAGGCCUUGACUUAGACCUCAAUGUAGAAGAUGUCCCAAGUCAGAAUCCAUUUCACCCUUACAAGAAACUUGAUGAGCAGGCUAAGUCAAAGGAUGUUUCUGAGUGUGCAAGCUCCAACACCGGUCCGUUGGAGGAGAAGGAGAAAGACCCGCUGAAGAUUUGGAAGGAGAUGAAGCAGAAUGGGUUCUUGUCUUCCUCUCAUGGAGGCAUACCGGUACCAAAACAACGUGGCAGGAAAAUCAAGAAUGAGUUGUUGUUGAAGAAGAGGCUUGAGCUUGCAAGGAAAGAACAUGCAGAUAAGUUUGCAAAGUUAGCUGCUCCAAGUGGGCUGCUCAAUGAAUUAAACCCUGGGAUCAUAAAUCAUGUUAGGAAUCGGAGACAGGUCCACUCGAUCAUAGAGGCACUAGUGAAGUCUGAAAAGCCUCCAAGUGGCCAUAUUGGAAGCAGAAAGGGGAACCAUUCAAGAGCUGCUGGUAAAGAACAUGGAACUCGGAAAGAGUCAGGAACUUUCAGUGAUUUGGGAGCAAAUUGGCAGAAAAUGUCGCGUCCUGUAUCGUUUAAUAGAUCUGCUGAGCAUGGAGAGCACAGCAUUGGACCAGACAUGGUAGGGAGGAUGUUCACUGCAAGUCUUGGUCCUCAAUACAACCCAUUUAAUCAGAAUGAUCCAUUGGCACUGAAAUUGUCCGCUUCAAUGGGCAAAGCUUCAGAAGCGUCUAUGUCCAAUGAGGGCUCGACUAACCUUGGCAGUGUUACGUCUCUUUCAGUGAAAGCUGCAACUAUUGCUUCUCAAUGGUUAGAGCUGCUGCAUCAAGACAUUAAAGGACGAUUAGCAGCACUAAGACGCAGCAAAAAGAGAGUUCAAGCUGUGAUCAGCACAGAGCUACCUUUCCUAAUAUCUAAGGAGUUCUCAUCUGAUCAAGAGAAUAAUCCUUUUGCCGUGAAAAACUAUAUCGUGGGCCCCACUCCUACUGCUGCCAAUGCCCAUAGGCUAAGGUGGAGUGCUCUCUUCGAUCAGAUGGAUAAGGCACUCUCAGAAGAAGAACAGCAAUUAGAGAUUUGGCUGAACCAAGUUAAGGAGAUGCAAAUGCACUGUGAACAAGGCCUGCAAAGUGCUAACCAAUAUAGUACAGCUUAUGGUCUGCAGAACCCGGGAACUACAGAAAACAUGUCAAGAUCAGGAAAAGCUGACAGCUCGGAAAGAGAGCUAGCAGUAAAGGCAGCUGCAGCAUCCAUAUAUUCGACAUGCAACUUUCUGCUGUCAAAGGGAGAUGUCUCCUGCUUCUGAUGUUCUGAAACCAGUUCUUCCAAUCAUUCUUCCCGGUUUUCAUAGACUUAUAUGUUCCUAGGGAUUCCUGAGAUUAACCAACAUGAUUGAAGUUCCCACACUAGCAGAGAGAUCUGUACAUUCUGUGAAGGAGGAGGCUUCAUCGACUCUUGAAGCUUGUAAAAGUAGAAACAAUCUGUAAUCUACUUUUGAUAUACUUUUGACUACAGGCUGUAGAGGGCAGAACAAGAUAAAGAUGCACCGUAUAAAUGUCUUGUUGAUGAACAACUUCCAGCAGGUGAAACAUUUCUUCCUUCAGGAAUACCUGAAGAAUUUGAC